UUUGACCGAAUCGACUUCGCAGCAAAGAUCCACUUUCAAUUCUUCUCACCCAAACCGUGAUACAAUUUCGGGUACUGAAUUCUUCUCUUCAUAUCUUUUCCCUUUGAAUGUUUCAUACUUGAUUUUACACGAAGAUAUUGAACUCUUCGAAUUGGGAGCUUAUAUAAAUAUAUAUUUAAUUUGAAAUUUAGUAUCUCAAGGGGCGCUAUAUUGAGUUUCUUUUUAUUAGUUGGUUGAGAAAAUUUUAGUUUCAACUCGUUAAUUUCGAAGUGAAAUAUAAAAGUCCGCAAAUAUGGCAGAAAAUUUUAUGCUGCUGAAGAGGGAGUCUUUUCAUUUUAGUCGUUAUAUUUUGUAAACACUAACCCAGUUUACAAAUCCAUUCAAAUGCUUAGGUACUGCCCUGUACUCAGAUUCUUGUGUUGCUGGAAAUGAAAUGUUAUUAGAGCAAUAAGAAGACAUCUCAGUCCUGCUAGUGAAACCCUAGAGAAAAUCAAAGUUGCUCAGAGUGUAUAUCGUUGGCAACUAAAUAACUCUAGAAUUGACACAAUGAGUGACCUCCCACCGUACCCUCCGAUCGAGCCCACCACAUUUGACCUCAUUAUAAUUGGAACUGGCUUACCAGAAUCUGUAAUUUCUGCUGCAGCAUCAGCCGUUGGGAAAUCUGUCCUUCACCUAGACCCUAACCCUUUCUAUGGAUCUCACUUUGCCUCCCUUUCCAUCCCAGACAUUACUUCCUUCCUAAAUUCCCAUUCUACUGUUUCCUCUGAUGACCAUGAUCUCACCACCCACCCACUCUACUCUGAAGUAGAGAUUUCUAAUUCAGCUCCUGAACUUCUCAAUGAACACUCUAGAAAAUUUAAUUUAGAUUUAUCGGGACCUAGGGUUUUAUUUUGUGCCGAUCAAUCAGUGGAUUUGAUGUUAAAAUCGGGGGCGAGUCAGUAUGUUGAAUUCAAAAGUAUUGAUGCCAGUUUUGUGGGGGAUGGUGAUGGGAAGUUAUGGAGCGUGCCAGAUUCGCGUGCAGCAAUAUUUAAGGACAAAAGUUUGGGGUUGAUGGAGAAGAAUCAAUUGAUGAGAUUCUUUAAGCUUGUUCAGGGACACUUGAGUGAAAAUGAGCAUGAAGACAAUAGCAUGAAAAUCUCAGAGGAGGAUUUGGAGAUACCAUUUGUUGAAUUUUUGACGACAAUGAAGUUGCCACAGAAGAUUAAAUCUUUCUGGUUUUGUAGGAUGAUUCUCUAUGCAAUUGCGAUGGCAGAUUAUGAUCAAGAAAAUACAGAGGGUAGUAAAGACGUACUAAAGACAAAAGAUGGAAUAAAUCGAUUAGCUCUCUACAAUUCAUCUGUUGGCAGGUUUCAAAAUGCACUCGGGGCUUUGAUAUAUCCUAUCUAUGGGCAAGGGGAGCUACCACAAGCAUUUUGUCGUCGUGCAGCUGUCAAAGGUUGUAUUUAUGUUUUGCGUAUGCCAGUGAUUUCUCUGCUUAAGGACGAGGAUAGUGGAUCCUAUAAAGGUGUUAGAUUAGCUUCAGGUCAAGAUAUAUUCAGCAACAAGCUGGUCCUAGAUCCAUCCUUUACAGUUCCAGGAACAUUAGCAACUCCUCCAUCUGAGCAAUUGCCAGAAUGUUUACUAGCUUAUAAUCCCACAGAUGUUAAUAAGAAGGUGUCUAGGGGAAUAUGCAUCACCAAGAGUUCUUUGAAACCAAAUCUACCAAAUUUUAUGGUGGUGUAUCCUCCUAAAUCUUUGUUUCCAGAGCAGGUUGCUGCAAUCCGAGUUCUUCAGCUUGGUGGCAGUUUAGCUGUUUGUCCUUCGGGCAUGUUUGUCUUGUAUUUUUCAGCUUUGUGUGCUGAUGCCGAUCAAGGAAAGAAGUUGCUACAUGCAACCUUGAAUGCUCUCCAGAAACUUCUUGAUUCUGAAAAUGCUGAAAGUAGCUUGACAAUUCAAGGCAGGGAUGCAGAAGAAGUAAAACCCACUAUACUUUGGAGUGCAUUGUAUGUUCAGGAUCUCGUAAUGGGUCAAUAUGGAUCUAUUAGCUCAACUAUAAUGCCAGACGGAAAUCUGAACUACACUGAUCUUUUGGACACUACUGAGAAGCUAUUCCACAAGAUAUAUCCAAAUGAAGAAUUCUUUCCAGAGACCACUUCACCUGAGAACUGUGAGGAUGAUGCUGGCCUUACUCUAGAGACCUGAAGUACUUUUUCUGCUCUCUAUUGGUUUAUCUAUCAUACCAAAAGCAUUAAAUUAGUUUCAAUAGUUGGAGAGCUAAUAUGGCUUAUGAAAUGCGGCCACUCUUUCAGACACUGUUGCCCGUGAUCGACAGCCUGUUUGUUUCGUUUUCAUGAUUUUGAAAGCACUAGAAAUAGAACUUGGGCACUUUUUAUAUCCGUUUCCAGAACUUGGCAAAGAAACUGACCAGGAAAGGAUUCUUUCCUUGAAGUUACUGAUAGUAACGCCCUGCUUCUGGAUUUCUGUUGCAAAACAGCGGAACACCAAUCAGGUUGACAUUUUCUGUGUUGUAUUUGUGUUCCUUGCUGCAUGGAUACAUUAAUACUCUUUUAUCACUCUGUACAUGAACACAUUUUUUUUUUUUUUCACUAAAGAGAAAUUGGAAGGAUAGUUUUUGUGCA